AUGGACAGACAAGACCCUGUCAGUCUCUUGAACCUUGCAGCGCAGAGCCUGCUGAGCGACGAGGACUCGGCCGUGCGUGCCCUGGAAGAGCUCCCCAUGGUCCUCUUCCCAGCACUCUCCACCGCAGCCUUCACUGGGGGAUGCAUGAAGACCGUGAAGGCGCUGGUGCAGGCCUGGCCCUUCCCCUGCCUCCAUCUAGGGUCAUUAAAGGAUCAGUCGAUAACUCAAGACCUGUUGGAAGCUGUGCUAGAUGGGCUGGAGUUUGUUCCUUCCAAGACUGCUUGUCUCAGGAGAUCGAAGCUGAAGGUGCUGGAUUUCACCCAUGACUUUGAGCACUCCAACUGGGAGGAAUGCUCCGAGAUCUCGCCCGCACCCUUCGUCAUCACCCACACCCUGGAAGAGCCAGAGGCGGAGCAGCUCACACCCAGUCACAGAACCCAGCCUCACCCUGCCCGGGAACCUGUGGAGAUACACACGGACCUUUUCCUGGGGGGCCUGUUCGGUUUCUUCCACCUGUCUGGGUUCCCCUCCUACAUCCUGCAGAGAGUGGAGAGGAGCCACGGCUGCCUGCGCCUCCGUUGUCGGACCCUGGUCAUUAAUCAAGUGCCGUUCCGCAGCCUCGUGGAGAUCCUGGGGGCGCUGGAGCUGGGGUCCAUCCGUGAGGUGAGGCUGCACCACCGCAGCAGGUUCUGCCUCGAGUCGGACGUGCUGCAGUUCUUCACGCAGGUUGGGCAGAUGAGCAACCUGGGCAACCUCAUCAUGAGCGACCUGCCCUGGGACUUCCCCACCGACUGCUUCUCCCUGCUGAGCCCGCUGGGCCACCUCCAGAAGCUCCACCUCAUCUUCGGCUACCUCUCGGGCCAGCUCCAUAAGAUGCUCAGUGGUCUGCAGAAGCCGUUGGAGACCCUGGUGAUCAAUGGCUGUAGACUCACCGAGAACGAUAUCACUUACUUGUCCCAAAGUGUCCAUACCACCCGCCUGAAGGAGCUGGUCCUGUGUAGCAACAACCUCUCCCAGACGGUCCCCGGGCCCCUGGAGGUGCUGCUGGGCGAGGUGUCGGGCACCCUGCAGCACCUCAACUUGAGAAGCUGCAGGUUGAAGGAGUCCCAGCUCAAAGCCCUCCUGCCUGCCCUGUGCAGCUGCUCCCGCCUCCGCUCCCUGGUCUUCUACGACAACAUCAUCUCCACCUCGGGGGUCAUGAAUGUCCUCCGGCACCUCGCAGGGCUGCUGGAGCUGAAGCGAGUGUGCUACCCGGUCCCUGCCGAGUGCGUGGUGUACCUGGACGAGUACAGGUGGGGGAACCUCAACAGAGCGGAACUGGCCCGGGUGCACAGCAGGCUGCAGGAGAUGCUGCGAGCCCUCCAGCGGGCCGACAUGCAGCUGACCAACUCGACCUCCGUGGCCUAA